AUGGACGACGCAGGGGAGGCUGGACCUCCACCGGAUCCUAGUAGCAUGGCCGGACUGGUCACGGCUAUUUUAAAUGACUGUUUGCAAAACAUCAUUCACGACAUUGUGCUGAAAACUCACCGGGAGGAAAAGCUUCUCCGGAUGCAAUCGGCCGCGAUCAUUGCGGAGCAAGCUGCUAUCGACCAGGGCGUUAUACCAAAUGAAACCAACGACGAGAACAACCCUUCGUCUACUCCUUCCGCCCAAAUUUCGCCCAGGAAAGCUGGGAAAAAGGUGGAAACUCCGGGGGCUGUAUAUGAUAAUGGAAAGAUCUACCUGAAAGGAAAUCCGCUGGAAACAACCAAGGACAUAUAUUGCCCAAGUUGCAAACUGCCCCGGCUGCUCUAUCCUGCGUCUGGAGUAGGGUCAAAACCGCCAGAACCUGGCGUCGCUUAUUGCACCAAGCAGCCAUAUAUCACUAAACCGGGACAUGAUAUUUAUGGCAACCCAUUUCCGUCUGAAGGUGCCAGAACUAAGAAAGAUGCGAAAUCGCAAGUUGCUAAAGAGGCGACCCCUGGCAGCUUCGACUCCCCAACUCCGCCAGAAGGUUUAUCCUCAACGUCAUCGCAAGGGCCAGCAUUCCCGAAUGUGAAAUGUCCAGUUUGCAGUCGAAGUUUGAUCAUAACCCGCUACGCUCAACAUUUGGAGAAAUGCAUGGGCAUUUCUGGACGCCAGAGUAGUAGAAACGCCAUGGCCAAGUUGAAUAGCCAAAACAGCACGUCUGGAACGCCCUUUGGAAGCCGAAUGAGCACACCGGUGCCGGCUCCUAUGAAGAAGAGCCCAAGCAAACGCGCCAGAGAAGAAGCGGAAGGCGAUGACGAGGGUGUCAAGAAGAAGAAGGUCUUGAAAAAGUUUGGGGAGAAGUCUAGAUUAAGCAAAUUGGGAGAGGGCAAGGAGGGCAAAGGUAUCGCUCGGCCUCUGUCUUCGGCAAAUUCAGAGAAGAGCCCUCAGAAAAAAGAUCGAGAAGGCACGCCGAACGGGACAUGGGCAAUGGGGAAGAAGAAGCUGGUCAGACCGUCUGCUGGCGGAGAUGCCGGACCCAAGGGCGCGCACUGGUCAAAAAAUUCCACGACGACUUGA